ACUUCCAAACAGAAUAUGUAUCUCUCUUUCUUUUUUCUUUUACUUUAAACUUUUCUGAGCAGGAAGGCGACGUGCUGUCUUUCCCAUAUGCUGGUUAGAGUUCAUGUUCUCCUCUUUUCAGUGCUUACAGUAACAUGGUAUGCGGAGGCUUUGUUAGCAUUUGUAAACAUUGAUAGCUUUAAUAUAAUUGUUGUCUACUGUUGGCCUCCUUUUUAAAAUUCAUUCUAACUAAUAUGUAUUAUUCAAACUCUGUUUUGAAUACUGCUGAUAGAUUUGCCUUUUAUUUACAUGUAGAUCACAGGUUUUCCCUGCAGAUAAUUUAAAUGUACAUGGUUUCCUGCAGCAUACAGCGGUGUAGCGGCUCAGUUUAAAGAGGGAAUGAAUCUUCACAAAUGUAAAUUAGGUGACAUUAAAAACCUGUACAGUAGGGGUGUUAGGCACCAGACCUUGGGGUUUCUGGCAGUCUGUAGGUUUUUGUUUCCCCCAGUUACUGAGCCACUCUUGGGUUGUAUGUAGGAGACACUAAUGACUGUCUGAGUGCAGCAAAUCCUUUAGUCAGCGAGGACUCUGAAAAAAUACGCAGGCUAGGGGUUCUGAUGUUUUGGGAAGUUACCAAACAGGGAUUUUGACUUUUCUUGUUUGCAUUUUGAUUUGAUACAAGUGCUGUCGUGUUCUGCUAACCAUAAGUUACUGUCUGCAUGCUGUAAUUAAGAAGACUAGUCAUUAACAGUGUGCAUAAGGCUGCCUUUUAUUGAUACAGUAGUUAUUGCACAAGUACAGAAGCUAAGCCACUGACUCACGUCAAUGCUGGAUUUGUUCGCAAAAUUUGCUUUCCAGUAUUCCAGCGAUAACUACACUAUCAUGUUCCAGCUUUAAAAAGCUUUACAAGAUACACUUCUCAAAUGUCUUGCAUGCAGCCGGGCUUAUAGCCUGCGCUUUGUACAUCCCCAACCCUUGAGAGAAUGCACUACCAGUAGGUGGAGGCUCUUCCUCCCUCUAGCCUCCGUUUCUCCUCACUGCCCCCAUCAGUCCCAGAGUUCCCUAUGUUAACCCUCUUGAGCAUGUUUUACUAUAUCUGUCUGCGGCGGCGCUCCAGGAGUGGGACUCGAGGCGAGGCUCUGACCAGUCGGCGGGCUGUGGAAUCUGGCCAGCGGGCGGUCUUGCCAGUUAGUGUGGAGGUGGAGCAGUAUGCCAAGGAGGUUCUGGACUUCAGCUCCCACUAUGGCAGUGAGAAUAGCAUGUCCUACACCAUGUGGAACUUGGCUGGGGUACCCAAUGUCUACCCCAGCUCAGGGGACUUCACCCAAACGGCUGUAUGCAGAGCUUAUGGAACAUGGUGGGAACAGUGUGCCAGUGCCCCACCACCUUUUCGCCGUACUCCUAAAAGCUUCCACAGCCAGGAUUACAUUGAGCUGGGCUUUGAAGAGCCUGUCUACCCUACAGCAGUGGAGGUGUUUGAGACCUAUUACCCUGGAGCCAUUGUUCAGAUCCUGGCCUGCUCUCACAACCCCUUCUCCCAGAACCCACCCUCUGAUGUCAGGUGGGAGGUGCUGUGGUCAGGGGAACCCACCAAGGUGCUGACACCCCAGGCACGGCAAUUUUCACCUAAAAUCAAGCAUAUCAGCUUCCCCACCAAUCUUCUGCGUCUGGAGGUCAACAGCUCACUGCUGGACUACUACACCGAGCUGGAUGCUGUGAUCUUACGAGGGGUAAAAGAGAGGCCCAUGCUGGCCCUCUAUAAGAUGCCCAUCAUCGACAUUAGUGACCUGAGUGACAGUGAAGAGGAGCUGUCUGACGUGGGAGGUCCUUACAGACAAGGAGGAGACGGGAAGCAGCAGAGGACAGGCAAUGGCUACUUUGACAAACUGCCAUAUGAGCUCAUCCAGCUGAUACUGAGCCACCUGACCCUGCCAGACCUCUGCCGUCUGGCCCAGAGCUGUAAGCUGCUGCACCAGCACUGCUGCGACCCGCUGCAGUACACCCAGCUGAGUCUGCAGCCCUAUUGGGCCCGGCUGAGUGACGCCUCCCUGGGACACCUGCAGAGCCGCUGCACCCUCCUCCAGAGGCUCAACCUGUCCUGGACCGGCAACCGUGGAGCUCUCACCCUGACGGGCUUCAGCAGUUUCAUGAAGGCAUGUGGUCUCAGCCUGGUCUGCCUGGAAAUGUCGUGCUGCCACUUCCUGAAUGAAGCCUGUCUGGAGGUCAUCUCCCAGACUUGUCCUGGACUGCAGGAGCUCAAUCUGUCCUCCUGCGAUCGCCUCCACCCGCAGGCCUUCACGCACAUCUCCAAACUUACACGCCUCCGCAGGCUGGUGCUCUACCGCACUAAGAUAGAGGUAGGAGUGCUCAGUGUACGUGGGAACCACAAUCAAAGUGAUCAGCUGUGGUCUUUUAUCUCUCCUGUCCAAAUAUACAGCAGCUCAGCUUUUCCUUGGAUAAUAAUGUCUUGCUUGCUGUGACUAAUAAACAAGUUG